AAAGUAAUUACAGAAAUGCUGUCUUAUUUUAAACUUUGUUUUGCAUAUUUAACUGUUCUUUCAUUUUUUCAGUAUCGCUUCUUGUUUUUCAGAAAUUGCUCAAAGACUUAGAUGCUACUGAGAGAAGUUCGUGUGCACAUUUUUUUGCGUUGAUUUGAGCAUCUGUGAUACACAGUACAGAUGGCUUAACUUUUAAGAGAUUGGAUAUGUAUCAUAUGUUGAAUAUACUGUUUGUUCUUCACCCUUUGCCACAAAAAGAUACGUUUGAGCUUCAAGUCUCUGAGGAAACCAUUGAGAAUGGCUGAAGAUAAUUGGCAUACUGGGGAGAAGUGCCUUGCCCCUUGUCUUGAAGAUGGGAAACUUCAUGAAGGAACAAUAUCUUCUAUUGAGAAGGACAAGAAUGGAAAAUCAUUUGCUGUUGUAUCAUUCUCAGAGUCUGAAGAAAGGAAAAUAUUAAUAACUAAACUUUGUAGAGUCAAAGACAGAAGAGGGCCCUGGAAAAGCUUAAUAUUUGAUGAUCGUGAUCUGGAAAAGCCUUAUUUUCCUGACCAGAAUUUUCCAUCUCCUGCAGUUGCUUUUAAAUUAUCUGACAAUGGUGAUUUUAUUCCAUAUACAAUUAACAGAUACCUACGUGAUUAUCAAAGGGAAGGAGUCCAAUUUCUGUAUGGACAUUAUGCUAAUAAAAGGGGGUGUAUUCUUGGAGAUGAUAUGGGCCUUGGAAAGACAAUACAGGUCAUUUCGUUUUUGGCUGCAGUGUUGCACAAAAAGGGAACACGUGAGGAUAUUGAAAAUAAUAUGCCAGAAUUUUUACUGAGGACAAUGAAAAAAGAACCCAAGUGUAACCCCAAGAAGACUUUCCUCAUAGUGGCCCCUCUUUCAGUGCUUUACAACUGGAAGGAUGAGUUAGACACAUGGGGGUACUUUAAGGUCUGUGUCUUACAUGGCAGUAAAAAAGAUGAUGACUUCAGUCGCAUCAAGCAAGGGAAAUGUGAAGUUGCCCUUACAACGUAUGAGGUGCUUCGCCUGUAUUUGGAUGAAUUUAACAGCGUAGAAUGGUCUGCUGUAAUAGUGGAUGAAGCACAUAGAAUCAAGAAUCCAAAGGCUCAAAUAGCUCAAACCAUGAAGUCAUUAAAAUGCAGCGUUCGCAUUGGUCUUACUGGAACCAUUCUUCAGAACAAUAUGAAGGAACUUUGGUGUGUUAUGGACUGGGCUGUACCGGGACUUUUGGGUAGCAGAAUACACUUCAAGAAGAAGUUUUCUGAUCCAGUGGAGCAUGGCCAGAGGCACACUGCAAGUAAAAGAGAGCUAGCAACAGGUCGUAAGGCCAUGGUGGAGCUAGCAAGAAAAAUGUCUGGCUGGUUUCUGAGAAGAAGCAAAGCACUUAUCAGUGAUCAGUUGCCAAAAAAGGAGGACAGAAUGGUGUACUGUUCUCUCACUGAAUUCCAGAAAGCAGUGUACCAGGCUGUGCUAGAGACAGAGGAUGUGAGCUUAGUAUUACGAGCAGGAGAGCCCUGCAGCUGCAACAGUGGUCGUAAAAGAAAGAACUGUUGUUACAAAGAAAAUGCUUAUGGUGAAACAAUUAAGUCGCUGCGCUUCAGUUACCUGACAAUUCUACAGAAGGUUGCAAAUCAUGCUGCACUGCUGCAGACAGACAACACUAGCAAGCAUCAGGAAGCACAUAUCAAACGGGUGUGCAGCCAAGUAUUUUCCAGUUUUCCAGAUUUUGUGCAGUUAAGCAAAGAUGCAGCCUUUGAAACCAUUUCAGAUCCAAAGUACAGUGGAAAAAUGAAGGUCCUUCAGCAGCUUUUAAAUCACUUCCGAAGGAACAAGGAUAAAGUUCUUCUUUUCUCCUUUUCCACAAAGUUGCUAGAUGUGCUGGAACAAUACUGUAUGGCAUCUGGGCUAGAUUACCGAAGACUUGAUGGAAAUACAAAAUCAGAAGAUAGAAUGAGAAUUGUAAGAGAGUUCAACAGUAUUCAAGAAAUUAACAUAUGUCUUGUAUCUACAAUGGCUGGUGGACUGGGUCUUAAUUUUGUUGGUGCCAGUGUUGUUAUACUGUUUGAUCCUACAUGGAACCCAGCAAACGAUCUUCAAGCUAUUGACAGAGCUUACAGGAUUGGCCAAUACAAACCUGUUAAAGUGUUCAGAUUGAUAUCCUUGGGAACUGUGGAGGAGAUGAUGUACUUGCGACAAGUUUAUAAACAGCAACUUCACUGUGCGGUGGUUGGAAGUGAAAAUGCCAAGCGGUAUUUUGAGGCAGUGCAAGGAUCAAAGGAACAUCAAGGAGAGCUUUUUGGAAUCCAUAACCUUUUCAAACUUAGGACUCAUGGGUCCUGUCUUACCAAAGACAUCCUGGAGAGGGAAGGACGGGUAGAAGCAGGAGUCAUAACAGCAACUAUGUGGCUAAAGGAAGAGACUUCUCCAUGCAGCUCAGAAAAGGUGAGGACUAUGAACCAGAGCAUGGUAGUCCCUCUGGUUCCUGACACUGUAGUGGCAAUUAUAGACAGUAUGUAAUUAGACUGAUAAUACUUUUACCUUAGAUUGAAUUUGCUGUCUUUUAUUGCUUGUUUGCCCCUGGUUUCAUGUAUUGUAAAGUAUUGGGUAAUAUCAUGCUCUCAUUCUGUAUUUAAAGUGGAAUAUUCUGAAUAUCGCAUGAUAUGAUAUUCUGUGACCUUUACAACACUUGGAUAUCAUAUCCUCAGUCU